GGCUAUCUCCGUUUUUUACAAGAUUAUAGCCGUCAUCUAUCAAUCACUGCACGUUUCAUACAAUGAAAAAUUUAACAAUCUCUUUUUCCUAGUUUCGCUAGGCUGUUAUUGUUAUUUCUCUUCGAUGUGCAAAAUGCAAAUUGCAAAACAAAAAAAAAAUAGAAAUUAUACAGUAAAUUCAUUUUAAAUCCAACUCUCAUUGAGUUAUGUUUAUAUUGAAUGAACAUUAAUGAAGUUAGAAUAGUUAAUCAUCAUAAGAAGUUGUAUUUUAUUCAUAUUUUUACUGAAGUAGUAAGGUAACAUAAGUGGUUACUAAUCUAUUAAAUAAUACAAUAUGCUGCAAACUGAGGAAGUGGAUGCAGAUUUCUUUACACCAGUACCUGGGUCAUCCCUGGCGUCAAUAUUUAGUAAUAUAAGCUCAUCUGAAGAAGGCUCUAACAUUCUCAAAUAUAUUCCACAACAACAAGCACAAGCUGAUGAUAUAAAGACUACUAAAGAAGCAGUGAAAGCUACUGAAUGUAUAUUUGCUACUGUAGUUUCUGCAUAUGAAUGGAUAAAUAAUUCCUAUGUUUUAAGAGAACAUUUGGGGUUUGCUAUCAUAAAAACAUUAAAGGAUGGCUGCAAUCAGCUAGUUAUAUAUGAUUCAGAAAAGAUAACACUCUCACUUGCUAUACUGACUUCAAAAUUUAUCAUAAAUGUGAGAAAAGAUGUUAGUAUAUCAUAUUAUGAUAGUUUAAAAAAGUAUUGGCUUAUAUGUGCACCUCCUGUAAAGUUAUUGAAGAUAAUAGAACACCUAGAAGGUUUAAAUGUAAAUAUCAAGUACUCCCUUGAUAACAAUGUUUCACUCCGAGAUAUACCAACAGUUACAAAAACACCAGAUAAUGUGAAUAAUACUUUGAAAGAAAUAGAAAGUGAUACCGACUCAAUUGCAAAUAGCAGAGCAAAAGGUUCUAUAAUAAAGAGAAUGGCAUCAAUGGGACAUUCUGUUUUACCAAUCCAAAGUCUGAACCAGCCUUUGAGUGAAGAUAGCUCUGAUAGUGAAGUUCUUCAUGAAAAUUUUCGAAGGCAUAAAACUGGUAAACAUUUGCAAUCCAAAAAGUCAGUGUCAGACAGAAUUUUAAAUGAAUUUAAAAAUAAGACAGAUAAGGACAGUAUGACCACAUUGCCUAAUUUACAAGAAAAUGUAAGUGUAAAUGAUAUCAGUGACAAAACAAUAUCAGCUGUAGGAAAAGAUCAAGAUAAUGAGUUAAAUAAUUUUAUGUCAGAGCAAAGAAUGAAUAAUACUGAAUUAAGGAUAAAUUUGAAUAUGAUGAAAGAAAAAUUAGACUUGUUUCUAGGUAAGAUACAACAGACAAACUUACAAUCAAGCAAUCAAGAUAUUAUUUCUAAACUCAUUAAGGAAUAUGAGUCAAAGAUUCAAAUAUAUGAAAAUUAUGUAAAAUCAAAUGGAAUACGCCCAGAAAAUAUAAUGGCUUUUCAAUUAGAUAGUGCAAAGAUUCAGAAUGUUACUAAUGAACUGGAAAAUGAUGAAGUAACUAAACUAAAUGAUGAAGUUGAAAAGAAAAAAACUGAAAUUAUUAAAUUAAAAGAAAACAUAAAAGCACUACAUAAUUCAUACUCUACAGAAUUGGAAAAAUGCAGAGAACAUGAGGCUGUAUUGCAAAAACAAAUAUCUGAUCUUAAAGAAAACUUAAACGAAGCUAAUACUGAAAGUUUAGAAAAUUCCAGUAUAAAAUUAAUGAAAGCAAGUCUUAUGCCGGACCAAUUGAAGGCAAAUGUAAAAGGUAUCAUGAAUAAUGCAUUUCAAACAAUAUCAGAAAACUUUGAUGAUGAACAGACUUAUUUAGGUGUAGAUAUAAAGAGAACAGUGGCUUCAAUUAUAAAAAGAACAACAGUUGAGUUCUUCGAGAAUGAUUUUGUCACUCAGGACAUUUGAAACACAGGGAGUUUAAAUUGAGUAGUAAUAUUUAAUUUUAAAAUAAUUAUUAAUUUAUACAAUAAUGAAAUUAAAAUAAGUUAUAAAAUCAUAUUAUAUCAAAGUAGGCAUUUGUAGUAGACUAUAAUUUAUAUGUAUGUGAGCCUUCUUUGGUAGAUUGGUAGGUGGUCAAACCCCUUAUUUUUUAUUUCAUUAAAAGAUGAAAUAAAAAAGUUAGUUGUAACUAUGUUUAAAUAUAAUUAUAUUAUGUACUGUAAGGUUUUAAACAUAUUUGUGUUUAUAUAAAUACUAUUAAUUUCUAGUUAUUCCAUAAUAAUGAUAAUUGAUUUUUUAUUA